AUGCCGGAGAAUUACCAGACCACCAUGAAGUUUCCAGACGAGGCAGUCUAUACUCGUCAUCCGACUCGCCGACCAAAGCCCAAUCCAGGAUCGAUCGUCUACAGUAGAUACGUCCCAGAAGUUGACCAGCAUUUUUCUUUGGAGGUUGUGGACUGGAGGAACGAUGAGCAUCUGUGCCUAUUCAACAAGUGGCAAAACGAUCCACGUGUCGCGAAGGGCUGGAAUGCGACGGGAACUCUUGAUGAACAUCGACAGUAUCUCCGUAAGCUGCACUUUGAUCCUCAUGUGCUUUGCUUGUUUGGUCGAUUCGAUGAUACGUGCUUCUCAUAUUUUGAGCUAUAUUGGGCAAAAGAAGACCACUACGGUGCCCAUUACGACGCAGGAGAUUAUGACCGUGGCCGUCAUUCGCUGCUGCAUUCACUAUUGUUUCUUGGACGAUCCAAGGACGGUCAAUUUGUGGGAGAACCCAAGGCGACCGGUGGGACGAUUCUCUCAUAUGAGAAUGCUCAGGGUCUCACAAUCGGCAAAUAUGUCGAUCUUGGUCAUAAGCGCUCAGUCCACAGCAUUGCAAGUCGAGAGAAAUGGUUCCAGCUUUGUCCCCUAUUCUGGGAUGGGCGGGAAAAGCCUCUUGAGUCGGCUGACAGGGCCGCCUGGAACGCGAAACUGUGA